GAGCCCUUGGGGCUGAGGUUCUACUGCAGGCGGAGAGAAGGGUGGGGUUGGCAUGGGGCAGUGUUUGAGGCACCAGAUGCACUGGGAGGACUUGGAAGAAUACCAGGCCCUGACCUUCCUGACCAGAAAUGAGAUCCUGUGCAUCCAUGACACCUUCCUGAAGCUCUGUCCCCCUGGGAAGUACUACAAGGAGGCAACACUGACCACAGACCAGGUCAGCUCCCUGCCAGCCCUGAGGGUCAACCCUUUCAGAGACCGAAUCUGCAAAGUGUUCUCCCACAACGGUGUGUUCUCCUUUGAGGAUGUGCUGGGCAUGGCAUCUGUGUUCAGUGAGCAGGCCUGCCCCAGCCUGAAGAUCGAGUACGCCUUUCGCAUCUAUGAUUUUAACGAGAAUGGCUUCAUCGACGAGGAGGACCUGCAGAGGAUUGUCCUCCGACUGCUCAACAGUGAUGACGUGUCCGAGGACCUGCUGACUGACCUCACGAACCACGUGUGUGCCCUGGGGCCACACAGGCUGGGUUGGGCCAGGCCAUCCCCCAAAGCCCCUGGAUGGCAGGCAGGGUGGGGUGUCCUGAGGGAUGGGCACACGGCUGGAGGCAACUAUCACCCAAGCUUGCGUCUUUCCUCCAAAGUCCUUCCUUCCAGGGUCCCCAAGAGCAGGUGCCCGAGCCACCCACUCCAAAGGGUCCUCCCACCCACACUGCAGUCACUGUGGGCAGGUGGCCCGACAGCAGCUUAGCCUCAGAUGGACACAUCACCACGUCCCCUUUCCCACGUUAUCCCAGAUGUCCUAGAGUGACAGUCCAAAGUGUGACAGGACAUGAAGGCAGCCUCAUGAAUCUGUUUGUCCUAAGACCAUGGGAACCGUCAAGUGCUUGUGGUCUGGAUUGAAACUAGAAACAAAGAUAAAACCAUGAAAGGUCAUCUCUGCCUCCUAGACCUGACAGGGCCCCUUGCAAGUACUGGCCCCUGCGUUGUGACCGGAUAUAGGUGUGGGUGGGGGAUGUCACCCUACUCACCUCUGCACCCAUUUUCACUGCCAAGUUUGUGCUGGAGGCACGAAGGGGACUCUUCCCAUGAGGUCCCAGACAGACCUCAGUGCACAUAACCUUAUC